AUGGCUCAAGCUCGUGAUAACUCCCAAGUUUUUGGUGUUGCUAGAAUCUUUGCUUCUUUCAACGAUACCUUCGUUCAUGUUACCGAUUUAUCUGGUAAGGAAACCAUUGCCAGAGUCACUGGUGGUAUGAAGGUCAAGGCUGACAGAGAUGAAUCCUCUCCAUACGCUGCUAUGUUAGCUGCCCAAGACGUCGCUGUCAAGUGUAAGGAAGUCGGUAUCACUGCCGUCCACAUCAAAAUCAGAGCUACUGGUGGUACCAGAUCCAAGACCCCAGGUCCAGGUGGUCAAGCUGCUUUAAGAGCUUUAGCCAGAUCUGGUUUAAGAAUUGGUCGUAUUGAAGAUGUCACCCCAGUUCCAUCCGAUUCUACUAGAAAGAAGGGUGGUAGAAGAGGUAGAAGAUUAUGA